ACUUUAUACUUAUGAUGUCUCUUCCUUUCUUUGCCCCUCUCAUUCAUCGACUCGCUACGCAAUGGCCGAUCCUAUUCUACGCUGCCACCUGGACUUCUCUCUUGACGCUGACGGUGGCUCUGGCGUCCUUCACUCCUGAGAUUGCAUUCAUGUCCGCCAUUUCCCCAACGUCGUCGUUUUCACGACCCUGCGAAGCCGCUGGCGCCCUUCGGGUUCCCAUGGACUUUCCAGGAGACGUUUUGUGCGUUUCGGGUCAUUUGCUCAAGAAUUCCAAGAUUGACUCCAUUGUGCCGCCCAUUUUCGCGGCCAUUUUGGUCGCCGGCUCGGCUUGGGUUGUGCGGUCCAUGGCCCUGUGGGAGACUGACGAGGCCCGUUGAUAUUUAUUGGGCCCCUUCUUCGUAAGCUAUUAUUGGGCCUACUCCCUUUUUUUCUUUUAAUAACUUGUGAUACAUACUUUUUGUCUAUUUCAUUAAUCCGGUAACUUAUUUCUGAUAAUAUUAAUUUAUUUGACCCA